AUGGGCAUGUGCAAGAAACUGAAAAAUGGGCAUCUAUUGACAAGAACAAUAAUCCUCAGUGCUGCAUUGAUUACUCUUUCUCUCUGGCUGUCAUCGGGAAAGGACUGUGACGGUGAGAAACGGACUCUCAGACUACCUCACUUGCUUGGGGAGGAUGAAGGUGGUUUACUCGCCUGCUCGGCAAUCAUCAGAGGGGACAUUGAAGGCAUCGAGGAGUCUAACCUCAGCAGGUUGCUGGCCUCGAGGAAGAAGAGCAGGCUUCUGUCCGAGGCUUUCUUCCUGAAUGCCACUCGUGACUGCGGGGCUUACGUGAGAGAGAGGAAAUUCCUCACCUCCACCCCGAGCCGGGAGGAGACCGAGUUCCCCAUCGCAUAUUCCAUGGUGGUCCACGAGAAAAUCGAGAUGUUCGAGAGGCUCCUGCGGGCCAUAUACGUGCCCCACAACGUCUACUGCGUGCACGUGGACCUCAAGUCCCCUGAUGCCUUCAAGCUGGCCGUCCGGGCCAUCGUCUCCUGCCUGCCGAAUGUGUUUGUGGCCAGCAAGCUGGAGAGCGUGGUAUACGCCUCCUGGUUCCGGGUACAGGCGGACCUCAACUGCAUGGAGGACCUCAUGAAGUCGCCCGUCCGGUGGAGGUACCUGCUCAACACCUGCGGCACCGAUUUCCCCAUCAAGACCAACGGCGAGAUCGUGCGGGCCCUCCAGCUGCUCAACGGCAGGAACAGCAUGGAGUCGGAAGAGACGAGCGCUCACAAGAAGGGUCGCUGGCUGUACCACCACAACGUGACGCACGGUGUGUUCAAGACGUCUUCGAAAAAGGGCCCUCCCCCCAUCAGCACCCCCAUGUUCUCCGGGAACGCUUACUUCGUGGUCACUCGAGAGUUUGUGAGGAACCUGUUUGAAAGCGAGGAGGUGCGCUCCCUUAUCGAGUGGGAGAAAGACACGUUCAGCCCCGACGAACACCUCUGGGCUACCCUGCAGCGAAUGCCCUCCGUGCCCGGAUCCUACCCACCCAACAGCAAGUACCAGCAGUCAGACAUGGAGGCCAUCGCACGCCUGGUGAAGUGGAGCUACCUUGAAGGGGACAUGAGGAAAGGUGCGCCCUAUCCAUCGUGUACCGGGACUCACCGAAGAGCCGUGUGCGUCUACGGGACCGGGGACCUCCGCUGGAUGCUAAGUCAGCAUCACCUUUUUGCCAAUAAGUUUGACCCCCAAGUGGACGACCUUGCCAUCAGGUGCCUGGAAGUGUACCUCCGUUACAAAGUGGUUUAUGGUAAACCAUUAACUGAAAUGGUGCACAGACGUUUUCCCGCUGCACUACCUUAG